AUGUUGCGAUACCGCGAGCAGAGUGCCGCAAUGUUUGGGACGAACGGCUUUAUCAAGGUAUCUGACAGGGACUGGGGCCAGCCUGCAGGCGCUCUGCGGAAGGUGCGCUCAGAUCCUGUCCUGACGCGGCUGCCUGAGGUUGCAGCUACUUCUGGGGAGGUGGUCCAAGAGCGGCGUUGGCACGGACGGAGAUCCUCGGCAGGGAAGAAUGGCGCUGCGUUGCCCUUCCCGCUGGCCAAGCUGGAUGAGGUGACCAGCGCUGCGCUGGCGUCCAUCGAGGGCAUCCGCUCGUCCAUGGAACACUUCCAAGGCAAGCCCUCGGAGGACGCGGUGCACCAGGAUCCGGAUGCCCUGGAGGAUUUGCAGUACCGGUUAGCUUGCUAUCGCUACAGCCGCCGUGUGGAGCCGCCGCCACCACCGCUGGCAAUGGACCCGGCGUUUGGCCCGGCGCCGCCUAAGGCGGCGCCGCCCCCGGCGGCGCAGGUGAUGUCCUCUACCCGGCUGCAGGGGUUCCAGCCGUCCAGAAGGCUCGUGAAACUGGCAAUGCAGGCGGAGCACAGGCGGCUCCGUCUGGAAGCGGCCAAGACCAAGCGUCAGCUGACCGAACAGGAGCUCGCUGAGAAGUUCUCCGCUGACCUCGGCCGCUACGAGCAGCGCAUGGUGCAGUUUGAGCAGAAGCGGGUGAGCCAAGUCGGAGGCCGCAGGCGCUCGGCGGUGUCACUGACUGUGGGGCAACAAUUUGAGGAGCGCCGCAAGCAAUGGAUGCAGAUCUUGGCCGUGGCUGUCUUCAGCCACCACGCCACAAAGGUCCUAUCAGGAUUUGGGACCAUCGGCCAGGUGUGCUUGUCCUCCUUGAACUGCAUCAGCCUGCGGGAGUGCGGCAAAGAUGUGAGGCCUUUUGCGCGGGAGGCGGCCCUCAAUGCGUGGCGUUCUCAUUAUGCGAAGGGCAUGCAGGAGCAGCUGCGAAGGCUGGCGUCCAAGCGAGAGGAGCUCGCUCCCGAGACCCCGCUGCGCGGGCGGUCGAUGAAGACUUGCGGGGGCCUGCAGCUGCCGCUGACGAACUCUGAGGAGGCCAUGUCCUUCCUGGCCAAGUGCAGGUUCGCAGAAGACCUGUUCAUGUGCCGGGCGUUGGUCCGGCGGCGGCGCAACCAGGCACGAUGCCUGCUGGCGGUGCUGCGGUCCUGCCACAAAUUUGCCGUUCUGCGGAUGGUGCGGCACGUCGCGGCGUGUGUGAAGCGAGUGCAGCAGUUCCUGCGACGCGCCCUGCUCCGACUGAAGACCAUACGCACUGCAGUGAAGGCGCAGAUGCUGCAGAUUGAGCGCGAACUGGCGGAGAAGGAGCUCGAAGAGGAGGCGAAGGAUGGCAAGGCUCCUUGCCGCCGGGGCCGCGAGGCAGCGCUGCGGCUUCUGCCAGAGACCUGGCGAACGCAGGCGGCGGAUUCGCUGCUGCUCCGGCGGCGACGGCGGCAGCUGCAGCUGCUGGAGGAGUGGCAGCUGGACAUGAGCACCUAUCAGUGGGAGGUGUUGGAAUGGCGCCGAAACCGCGUGGAUGCCUGCCCGAAGAUGCCGCCCUACCCCACCCAUGUGCCCAGGCCAAAGGAGCUGCACAGGAUCAUCGUGGAUGCGCGCCAGCGCGCCCUGCCCGCAAAGCCUCGGGGCCGGCCAAGCUGA